AUGGAAGACCCCGUUCAAGAGCCCGCGCUCAGUGAGGCCGAGCUGCCCAGGGCCGUGGCCCAGGCGCUCGUGGUGUGCGGGCCGAGCGAGCCGCUCUCCAUGGACAUCGGCUUCCACUGCAGCAACCCCCGCCCGGCGCUCAACACGUGCUUGACGGUCGCAAACUCCGACUCCGGGUCCCAGGCGACGCCCCGGCAGGCCGCGCCGCCGUCCCCGGCCGCCGCCGCGCUCCGCGAGCCCACCGCCCGCGGCACGCCCGCCGCGCGCUCCAGCCUCACCGAGUCCCUGCGCAGCAACACCGGCACGCCCGUCGCGGGCAACUCGGGCCACAACAUGUCCGCGAUCGCCGCCCUCAUGGCCGGCCCGCUGCGGCCCCCGGACGCCGCCCAGAACCGCCCGAUGCACACCUCUUUCAGUGAGGUCUUGCUGGCGGAGUGCGCGCACCACGGCGGGCCGCAGCGCCUCGCGCGGAAGUCCCCGAUGCGCCGCAGCAGCACGGGCGACGAGCCGAGCGCCCAGCCCGAGCCCCCCGCGCCCGCGCAGCCCGCCCGGCAGUCCCCCGGGGGGCCUGCGUUCUUCUUCCAGCUCGGCACCCCCGUCACGCCCACCUCGGAGGAGGGCAGCUGCAGGGGCAUCGGCGCGGCCGGGCCGGCGCGCGUCGCGGGCUCGCAGAGCACGCUCCCGCCCGUGUCCGAGUCCGGCGCGCUCGAGGAGAGCUCCUCGGGGGUGUCCCAGGGCACGGUGUCGGGCGCGGCGCUGCUCGAGGAGCUCGGGCUGACGUCGCUGCUGAGCACGUCGCCGGCGGAGCGCGACCCGACGGUGCGGCGGUCCCUGCGCGCGGCGGCGGCGGCGGCCGCGACGUCCGCGGCGUCGAUGCGGCGGCGGUGCCUGCUCAACACUGACUCUGGGUGCAAGUAUAAUGGGGAGGGCGCGGAGGCGGAGGAGUGCCCCGCGGAGGAGCUGCGCGAGCUCGCGCUGAGCCAGGGCGCGGACGUGGAGUUCUGCGAGCCCCCCGCCGCGACGGGCGGGCUGGCGCCGGAGAGCGACGCGGCGGCCAGUCGCGGCGCGCGGCGGCUGACGCGCCGCAGCCUGACGCGCCGCAGCCCCGCGGUGCGCGCGCGAAAGGCGUCGCUGCCGCUCGGGGACGACAUGCCCGAGGUCGCCGGGCCGGUCGUGCCGGAGCAGGGCGGUGCUGCGGACGCUGGCGUGCAAUAG